AUGGCGAAGAGAAGAGUCAAGAAACGAACGCAUGUCGGCGCAAAGCCUGGCCUCGGGGCCGCGUCAGCAAGUCAUGCGGCCCCUAAGGCUGGGUCACGCCCGCCUAAGAGCAUGGUCAUUCGCGUGGGCGCCAGCGAGGUCGGGCAGAGCGUGUCGCAACUCGUGCGAGAUAUCAGGCAGAUGAUGGAGCCGGACACAGCCUCGCGAUUGAAAGAGCGGAGAAGCAACAAGCUGCGCGACUACACUACCAUGGCGGGGCCGCUGGGCAUCACACAUUUGAUGCUUCUAAGCAGAAGUAGCAACGGCAAUACGAACAUGCGUCUGGCAUUGACUCCUCGAGGACCGACCUUCCAUUUUCGCGUGGAGAACUACAGCUUGUGCAAGGACAUAUACCACAGUAUGAAGCGACCAAAGAGCGGAGGCAAGGAAUACCUACAGGCACCAUUACUGGUCAUGAACAACUUCGUCACGAAGGAGGAGACCAACGGCGAACAAAAGCAACAACCCAAGAUACCCAAGCAUCUCGAAUCUUUGACGACCAGUGUCUUCCAGUCCAUGUUUCCACCCAUCAAUCCAACCACGACUGCCUUGCAGGGCAUGAAGCGGGUGCUUCUGCUCGAUCGCGAACCUGCAGAUCCCAACUCCGACGCUGCUUCGUACACACUGAACCUACGUCACUAUGCAAUUGAGACUCGAACCGCCAAAUCUGUGCCGAAGCCUUUGAGACGAUUAGACGCUGCCGAGAAGCUCAGUCAUGCGGGCCAGAAGCGCAAGCGAGGCGGUCUUCCCAACCUGGGCAAGUUGAAUGAUGUGUCGGACUACUUGUUGGAUCCCAACGCUGCGGAUGGAUUCACUUCUGGAUCAGAGUCAGAGCCAGAUACGGACGCCGAGAUUGAAGUGAUGGCACCAUCGUCACGGAAAGUGCAGAAGAGGAAGGCACAAAAGGAUGUCUCUGAAAAGAGGAGCACAGCAGAUGUGGAGAAGAAGGCAGUCAAACUUUACGAGCUGGGACCACGGAUGAAGCUACGCCUGACAAAGGUGGAAGAAGGUCUGUGCGGCGGCAAGAUCAUGUGGCAUGAGUACAUCCACAAGUCGAAAGAAGAGAUCCAGGAGAUGGAGAAGGUGCACGAGAAGCGGAGAAAGGAGAAGGAAAAGAGGAAAGCCGAACAGAAAGCAAAUGUUGAGCGCAAGAAAGCUGAGCGGAAGGCGAACGGGCAAAGCGCUGAAGACGAUGAGGAUGAGGAGGACGAAGACAUGGACGGUGAGGUGAGCGAUGACGAUGAGUGGGAUGAUGAAGAGCUGGAGGACGACGAAGACGCUGAAGGAGGUGCACAGCUUGAUGUCGAGGACGAUGAUAUGCAAGAUGGGAGUUCGGAUGAAGAAGGCGCCGGGGGAUAG